CCAUCUAACAUUGGUGGAGUAUGACAUUAAGUACAGUCUGUUUUUUUUCCCCCUUGUGAUGACCACGUAGGAAGCACAGGAAGGGGCUGAUGCAGCCAUCGAUCCAGGGGGGGAUAUGAUUGGUGGCACUCUGCCGUCCAAUUUGCCUUUAGACUGUGAAAGUGAUGUUUGUCCUGAGGCUGAAGGAGAGGGAGCCUCUGCCCUGGAGCUUGAGGGGCUUGGGAUGAGGAAGCUGAGUCUACAGGCCAUGGGCGGUAUGUCCAAAGAAGUGGACGACGAUGAGUCCAAGCCGCAUGAGGAGACUGGCUCUGCGGAGUCUGAGCAAGUUACAACAGAAACAGAUGGAGAGGAAGGUACACCUGUCAACGGUCAUCCUGUACGGUCGCUUCCAUCUGUACGACAUGAUAUUCACCGUUAUCAACGUGUGGAUGAGCCUCUACCACCGAACUGGGAGGCACGGAUCGACAGUCACGGCAGGAUCUUUUUUGUGGACCACGUGAACAGGACCACAACAUGGCAGCGACCGACCGGACCCCCAGCACCACAGGGCCUGACCCGGUCCAACUCCAUUCAGCAGAUGGAGCAACUCAACCGCAGAUACCAGAGCAUCAGGAGGACCAUAACCAACAGCGAUAGGACAGAGGAAACCACAGAUGACUUGCUCCCCGAUUCAGAAGCUGAACUGAUUCCCCACUCCAUUUCCGAAUACAGACGCGACAGCUCAGUGAGUCACUCGAGCGGUCGCUCCCGUCUAUCGCUGCUGCUCCAAUCACCCAGCGCCAAAUUCCUGUGCAGUCCCGACUUCUUUACGGUGCUGCAUUCUAACCCCAGUGCCUACCGCAUGUUUACGAGCAACACCUGCCUGAAGCAUAUGAUCAGCAAGGUCCGACGAGACGCUCACUACUUUGAGCGCUACCAGCACAAUCGAGACCUGGUCACCUUCCUCAACAUGUUCUCUAACAAGCAGCUGGAGCUUCCCAGGGGAUGGGAAAUGAAACAUGAUCAUACUGGGAAGCCGUUCUUUGUGGAUCACAACUGUCGCUCUACAACUUUCAUCGACCCACGGCUGCCUCUUCAGAGCUCUCGCUCCACCGGACUGCUGGCCCACCGCCAGCACCUGAGCCGCCAACGCAGCCACAGCGCUGGCGAGUCCCUCCUUUUCGCACAGGUGAUCGACGACUCCCGGCAAAGCAACCCGCCCGCCAUGCCCAGGCCCUCUAGCACCUUCAGCGGGUCCAGUCGCUCCAGCCAGUACCACGAUGUGGUGCCCGUGGCAUACAACGACAAGAUUGUGGCUUUUUUGAGGCAACCCAAUGUCUUUGAGAUACUACAGGAGAGACAACCGGAGCUCGCCAGGAACAACUCACUCAAGGAGAAGGUGCAGUUCAUCCGCAGUGAGGGAGCCAAUGGGCUUGCACGUCUCUCAGGGGACGCCGACCUAGUCAUGCUGCUGAGCUUAUUUGAAGAGGAGGUGAUGUCGUAUGUGCCGCCUUUACUCCACCCAAAUUACAGCCUCUCCUCCUCUCCUCAGAGUUCCCCGGGUAAGACAAUAGCAGCACAACACAGAUACGUACAUUUUGGACUUUUUACCUUACUGUCUUUCUAUGUAAGUUUUUCCCGUUUUCAUAUCUUAGGCACCCAACGAGCCAAUGCCCGCGCUCCUGCGCCUUACAAGAGGGAUUUUGAGGCUAAACUGAGGAACUUCUAUCGGAAACUGGAGACCAAAGGAUAUGGACAGGGACCCGGGAAAGUCAAGCUCAUCAUACGGCGGGACCACCUUCUGGAGGAUGCCUUCAACCAAAUCAUGUGUUACUCCCGCAAAGACCUACAGAGGAGUAAACUUUAUGUCAGCUUCGUAGGCGAGGACGGGUUGGACUACAGCGGGCCGUCUAGAGAAUUCUUCUUCCUGGUGUCCAGAGAACUUUUCAACCCUUACUACGGCUUGUUUGAAUAUUCGGCCAAUGACACGUACACUGUCCAAAUCAGCCCCAUGUCCGCCUUUGUGGAUAAUCACCACGAAUGGUUUCGUUUUAGCGGGCGGAUUCUGGGACUGGCUCUAGUUCAUCAGUACCUGCUGGAUGCCUUCUUUACUCGGCCUUUCUACAAGGGGCUGCUACGCAUACCUUGUGAUCUGAGUGACUUGGAGUUCCUGGAUGAGGAGUUCCACCAGAGCCUGCAAUGGAUGAAGGACAACGAUAUUGAGGACAUGCUUGACCUCACUUUUACAGUCAACGAGGAGGUCUUUGGACAGAUCACAGAGAGAGAGCUGAAGCCAGGGGGGGCCGGCAUCCCCGUGUCGGAGAAGAACAAGAAGGAGUACAUUGAGCGGAUGGUCAAGUGGCGCAUCGAGAGGGGAGUGGCUCAGCAGACCGAGAGCCUGGUCCGAGGUUUCUAUGAGGUGGUGGACGUGCGACUGGUGUCGGUGUUUGAUGCCAGGGAGCUGGAGCUGGUGAUCGCUGGCACCGCUGAGAUCGACCUGGCGGACUGGAGGAACAACACAGAGUACAGAGGAGGUUACCAUGACAACCACAUAGUGAUACGCUGGUUCUGGGCAGCUGUGGAGAGGUUCAACAAUGAGCAGAGGCUGCGACUUCUGCAGUUUGUCACGGGCACAUCCAGUAUUCCUUAUGAAGGCUUCGCCUCGCUACGCGGAAGUAACGGACCCCGCAGGUUUUGUGUCGAGAAGUGGGGGAAGAUCACCUCCUUACCCAGAGCGCACACUUGUUUCAAUCGGCUGGACCUGCCGCCCUACCCAUCCUUCUCCAUGCUCUACGAGAAGCUGGUGACAGCCGUGGAGGAGACCAGCACCUUCGGUUUGGAGUGACCUCCACUUACCCCCAAAGACAUCU